GUGCGUGUGUGUGUGUGUGUGAGAGGGCUUGUCAGCCUGCAACGAAAACAAGUGUCUGACAGCACAGAGAGGGGGAGGGAGAGCGGGCUGAGAGGAAAGCUUGUCGGCAUUAAGCAGUUCUCCGAUCACUGGAUGCUGACAGACAGACAGCGGCUUAUGGGAGGACGGAGGCAAGAUUUUGAAGCAGAGCAGAAAGAGAGCAGAGGAACAGAUUCCCUUGUCCACGCUCAUCGUCACGGUGACCGGGAUGGGAGGACGGCGGCAUCUCUGCAGCGCUACAUAGACGGUUUUCAUGACUCAACCUACAGAAAAUGGGAGCUCACUGUAUCCCGAAGGAAAGCUUCAAAAGGAACCUUGUGAUUUUUCCACACUGCUGUGGGUGAGAGUCAACACGACAACAUGAGUGCUAAAGCCAUGCAACACAACCUUUGAGUUCACACUCAAUGUGAUUUGACCUUCCGCAGCGCGUUGUUUCCACCAACAGAUGGAACACUGUGUAAUUACUGUGUGUCCAAAAGGUCUCACCUUGCUUCUGAUCAGAACUCUGCACAACUGGAACAGAUGGGCAAUAAGAUGCAUGAUGCAUGAAAGACAAUGUAAUGCUACAUGAUUGCACACUAACAAUCCUGUGAAUCAGUGUGUAUAGUAGUUAGCUUGGAAAGCAUUGGCUGCAUACCCUGCUUCGCUGUAGAUACAAGGGAUGAUAAAUGUUUUGUUGAUACUCUCACUAGUAUUCAGUUUUGAGCAAAUAGACCCAAAAGAAUCAAUGAUGUAUGAACCAUGAUGGAUAUUUUCUUUCUUGGGUAUAGUAACAAAAACAAUAAAUAACCCGUCCUUGUUAUAAGUGCUCCUCAAUAUCUGACAUUUAAACACGGUCAGAGUAAAUGAGCUCAAUGGUUCACACAGGGAGCGAGGGAAUUUUGUCCCAGGCACUGCUGUUUCUGGUUUGAAAGUAAAAGUAAAUGUUUUAAUUUCAUGUUGAUCAAUAAUCACAUGACUUUUGUGUGUCACAUGCUGAUACUCAAUUAUUAAUAAGUAAGUAUUUUAAAAACUACUGCGCUUUCCAGAGUAUCACUACUCCCUGUCUGUUCACAUAUCUGUAGCCACUUGAUGAACUUGGUCUCAUAAGAUUGCUCUUCAAAGGUCGCUAAAACAUAAUUGUUGAAUAAAUAUUUGCAUUACUGGUUAAGGUAAGGUGUAUUACUAUUGUUGUCCAGGCAAAUGUAUGGAAUCGAGUGGCAGAUUACAAACUAUUGAUAAGGAUUAUAUGUAGGGCCUUUUUUUAGUUGAUCUGAGGAGUUUUAAAUUCCAACAAGCCCAAAUUUGGCUUCCCUUCUAGCUUCAUCGGAUAGCCUAAUUCCAGCUAACAGGGAGCAUACCCAGAAAAAGUGACUAUGGAUUUCAAUGGGAGCCGGGAAUAUGGGUCCUAUCCAACUGGGCUGCCCUAUAACACAAGCAUUGACUAUGAGGACUACUAUCAGGACCCAGACGCCAGUAAAAUCAUCAUUCCAUCCAUCUAUGCUCUUGUCUGCUGUGUAGGUCUAACUGGCAAUGCCAUGGUCAUCUAUGUCAUACUGAAAUAUGCCAAAAUGAAAACAGCCACUAACAUUUACAUCCUAAACCUAGCGAUUGCUGAUGAGUUGUUUAUGUUAAGUGUUCCUUUUCUGGCCACUUCAGCUGCCAUCCGUCAUUGGCCCUUCGGGUCGCUGAUGUGUAGGCUGGUGCUGAGUGUAGACGGUAUCAACAUGUUUACAUCAAUCUUCUGCCUGACUGUGUUGAGUGUUGACCGAUACGUAGCAGUUGUACACCCUAUAAAGGCUGCCCGCUACCGCAGACCGACAGUCGCGAAAGUAGUCAAUGUGUGUGUAUGGGGGCUCUCACUCAUAGUCAUCCUGCCCAUCAUCAUCUUCGCAGACACUGUCCCUGCGCAGGACGGUGGUGUGGAUUGUAACUUCUUGUGGCCUGAAUCAGCGUGGUCACAAGCAUUUAUGGUCUAUACCUUUCUGUUGGGGUUUCUUCUGCCGGUUGGAGCAAUAUGCUUAUGCUACUGUUUAAUGGUGGCCAGGAUGCGAGCAGUGGGGCUGAAAGCAGGCUGGCUCCAACGGCGGCGCUCGGAGAAGAAGAUAACCCGCAUGGUGCUGCUAGUCGUUGCAGUGUUUGUUCUCUGCUGGAUGCCCUUCUAUAUUGUCCAGCUUGUCACCGUUUUCCACCGGCCCCCAGACCCAAUGGUCACUCAGCUUUUUGUCAUCCUCAGCUACGCCAACAGUGGCGCCAAUCCUAUUCUGUACGGCUUUGUGUCUGACAAUUUCCGCCGUUCGUUCCAGCGCAUUGUGUGUUUCCGGUGGGUGGAGUCUGGGUUGGAUGCGGAACAGGUGGAUUACUGUGCUGUAGCUUUAAAGAGACAAGAAACUUGUAGCCCUCUGGAUUUUCCCAAGGACUGUAUGGCUUCUGAUAUUGUGUUUCGCAAUGGGACAUGUACCUCUCGUACAACCACUGUGUAACCAGAACCACGGUUUAAAAAGUAUUGACACCUUAACCAAGAAUUUUCCCAUCGUUGGCUUAUGCCACAGAGAUUUAUAUGUAUGUGCUUUAAAAACUUGGAGUGUGCCAUAUAAUAAUUGACUUGACACCAUUUUUUAAACAAAUUUUGGGACAAGUCUAGAAGCUGAGAAACUUUAAAGAGCAACUCAUGUAUGAGCAGAAAAAUGCCCAUUUCAACAGCUGAUUUGGCUUCAUGUAACAGACAAUUAAAAUACUGUACAUAAUUAUCAAGAUUCCUGAAAUUUUCAAUUUUUGAUGUUAAGCACAAGUGAAUGUAGGCACAAAAUCGUAAGGCUUUAAACCAGUUUGAUUCUGUGACUUAUUUUCUGACUUAGGCAUAAGAGGUUACUUAGGAAACCCCAUUAACUAAUUGCAAACAGGAAAUUCCUUAUCCAUUCAUCAUAAUUGUUUAUUUACGGACACACUCUUAUUAACCACCGAAGGGAACCCCCGCAAUCCUUAAACAAGAUAAUGUUUUUAUUCAGAAGUGAUUUCCAAUUACUUGCAUUUUUAUUUAAAUCACUGUUAUUACAGGUUAUUCAACUUGAGACGUUUCAAAAUAAAGAUUUAAUUUAAUUUCAAUGUAAUUGAUCUUGUCUAUUGAACAUUUAGUUACUGCAGAUUUGUUGAACAUAAAGUACCAUUGAAAAUUGCUGUAAUUAGUUUUAUUUCUGGGGAAGUACGACUAAGCUUAUUUUCAAAGUUUGCUUGUGUAUUACUUUUUCUUGAAUAGAUGUGUUAAAAAACACGGACGGGAAUGUACUGGGUUGGCCCUAGAUAUCCCAGAGAUAACAGUAAUGUCAGAUUACUGUGUGUCAGUCUGUCCAGGCUUUUUAUGUAAUGUUUUAUUAAUACAUAAUUGUAUGUUUGUGAAUUUGCUGUAUUAAUAUUUGUUAAUUGUUCGUUGGUGAUUCCGUUUAACUUACGGUUUAUCUUUGCAGAUUGAGCCAGAGUGGUUCUACUUCAGUUGCACAUUGUGUCAAAUAUGGCUAUAAAAUGUAUGUGUUGAGUUUAUGUUUAUGUACAUUACAGAGGCUUAAAAACCGUC